AUGGUCUCCUUCAAGCAGCUCGCCCUUGUGGCGUUCGCCUCCACCGCAGCCGCACAAAGCGGCUCAGGCAAAACAACGCGAUACUGGGACUGCUGCAAAGGGUCAUGCGGCUGGGCAGGCAAAGCGCCCGUCAACCAGCCCAUCCGCAGCUGCGACAAAAGCGAUAACCCGCUCGCCGACAUGGCCGCGAAGAGCGCGUGCGACAACGGCGGGGGCGUGGCGCACAUGUGCUCGAACCAGAGCCCAUGGGCGGUAGACGAUAAGUUGGCGUACGGAUUCGCGGCCGUCAAGCUGGCUGGUAGCACGGAAAAUGCGUGGUGUUGCUCUUGCUAUGAAUUGACAUUUACAUCUGGGCCCGUUGCCGGCCAGCAGCUCGUUGUUCAAGCGACGAACACUGGAGGCGACCUUGGCCAGAACCAUUUCGAUCUGGCUAUGCCGGGAGGCGGUGUCGGCCUGUUCAAUGCGUGCACCAACCAGUGGGGUGCGCCGCCAAACGGCUGGGGAGCACAGUAUGGAGGCAUAUCGAAGCAAUCUGACUGCGAUGGAUUCCCCGAGAAGCUCAAGGCUGGAUGCAACUGGCGGUUUGACUGGUUCAAGGGAGCUGAUAACCCAGAUGUUACGUUCAAAAAGGUUACGUGCCCGAAGGCGAUUACUGAUAAGUCGGGCUGCAUUCGCAAUGGCGAGACCCCUACUCAGUAA